AUGACCAGCACCUCCGCCCCUUCUCGCAAGGCUCUGAGCAAGAUCGCAUGCAAUCGGCUCCAGAAAGAGCUUGUGGAAUGGCAGGUUAAUCCACCUGCUGGAUUCAAACACAAAGUCACUGAUAAUCUUCAAAGAUGGGUAAUUGAAGUCAAUGGGGCACCGGGGACUCUGUUCGCCAAUGAAACUUACCAGCUUCAAGUUGAUUUUCCUGAGCAUUACCCUAUGGAAGCUCCACAGGUUGUUUUUAUCCCUCCGGCUCCGCUUCAGGCUCAUAUUUACAGCAAUAGCCAUAUCUGUUUAGAUAUUCUGUAUGAUUUUUGGUCCCCAGCCAUGACUGUUAGUACCAUCUGUAUCAACAUUCUUUCUAUGUUAUCGAGUUCCACCGCGAAGCAACGACCUGCAGAUAACGACCGUUAUGUGAAGAACCGUAGGAAUGGCAGAUCUCCCAAGGAGACAAGAUGGUGGUUCCAUGAUGAUAAAGUGUAA